UUUAUCCGUUUUUGUGACGAUGACAAUGGGAGAUAAUUUGACAAUGAAAAUCAGCUGUUCAAAAUCCUUAGUGACCUAAAUUUUCUGUUAUCUUUCGUUCACCUGUCCUUUACCCUGCUACCUUAUAAGAGUUUCAGCACACGAAAAUGACCUCUGCAAGUGUUUCCAGAUUUUCUCGGCUACUACGCACAGUUUGUAAAAGAAAUUUUUAUCAACCUGAGAUAGCUGGGAUUCAAUUUAAAGGUCAUUAUGGAACAACUGCUGCAGAGAAAGAAUAUGCAUUUGAGAUGGCCUGCUCAAACAUCAGAUAUGGAGAAGGAGUAACAAGGGAAGUAGGAAUGGAUUGUAAUAACUUUGGUGCUAAGAAAGUAUGUUUGAUGACAGACAAACAUCUGGUCGAUUUAGAUUGUGUAAAAACAGUUCUACAAUCACUGGAUGACAAUAAAGUCAACUACAAACUGUACUCUAAUGUCAGAGUGGAGCCCACCAAUGAAAGCUUUCAGGCAGCCAUAGAUUAUGCCAAGGAAGAACAAUUUGACCUGUAUAUUUGUGUAGGAGGUGGGUCAGUGAUUGACACAUGUAAAGCAGCCAAUUUGUAUGCCAGCAAUCCGUCUGCAGAAUUGUUAGAUUACGUCAAUGCCCCUAUAGGCAAAGGUUUACCUGUUACUCAUACAUUGAAGCCACUUAUUGCAAUAACAACAACAGCAGGAACUGGUAGUGAGACAACAGGAACAGCAGUGUUUGAUUAUCUCCCCUUGAAAUCAAAAACAGGAAUAUCCAAUAGAGCAAUUCGACCAACAUUAGGUAUUGUAGACCCUCUUCAUUUACGUACUAUGCCAGAGAGAGUAGCAGCUUAUAGUGGUAUAGAUGUUUUAUGUCAUGCUAUUGAGUCAUACACAGCAAUACCAUACAGAGACAGAGUAACUGGAAGACCUGCCAAUCCAAACUUAAGACCCGCCUACCAAGGUUGUAAUCCAAUCAGUGAUAUCUGGUGCAUGCAUGCAUUAAAGAUGACAAACAAAUAUCUUAAAAGAGCUGUUUAUGACAAAGGUGAUGUCGAAGCUAGAUCAGAAAUGCACAUGGCAAGCUGUUAUGCUGGUAUUGGGUUUGGUAAUAGUGGAACCCAUUUAUGCCAUGGUAUGUCAUAUCCUAUCUCAGGACUGGUUAAGAAUUUCAAAUCCAAAGAUUAUGACGAUGAUCAUCCUAUGGUGCCACAUGGACUGUCUGUUAUAGUGUCAGCCCCUGCUGUGUUUAACUUCACUGCUCCAGCUUGUCCAGAGCGCCAUCUACAGGCAGCAGAGUUUUUGGGUGUGGAUGUCACAAAUAAAAGAAAGGAAGAUGCUGGGCCAAUUUUAUCAGACAGACUUAGACAAAUCAUGCAAGAUUUAGAAAUGCCUGAUGGCCUGGCUGCCUUUGGAUACACAUCUGAAGACAUACCCGCUCUAGUCAAGGGAACAUUACCUCAGCAUAGAGUUAACAAAUUGUCACCAAGACCACAGACAGAAGAUGACUUUGCUAUGUUGUUUGAAAAUAGUAUGAAGAAUUACUGAUCAAAUUGUUAUAACAAUUCUAAUGCAAUGAACAAAUGUAGUGAUUUCUAUAGAUAAUCAGAUGUAGCAAUGAAAAAUGGAACACAGGGUAAUUGUUUUGAUGCUUACCAAUAUCUUGUAUUCCUAUAUAUCUGAUAGGAAUUUUAGAGGCAGUGGAGUGCCAGUAAAACUAAUAUUUUCAUAUCUCAUUCAAUAGCAUUAACUCUACAAAAACAUCUCUAUUCUUUUAAUUCCUUUUUGAUAAUUUACAGAAGAAAUAAUUCCUUUCUUUUUACAUUGAACAACUUAAAUGGAAUAGAAUUAAAUUCCACAUAAUAAUGUUUAUGCUUUUUCUGCACAUAUAUUCAGUACGUUUGCUCAGUUGAAGUGAAUUAAUGAAACAUUUAUAAUUCAACUGUUGUUUUUAGGUAAACAGUAGAUAUUUGGGAAAUAGAAACAUAUAAAUUGCAUUCUUAUGUUUGAGAAACAGUGUUUUUCUUUUUCUCUCCUAUCACAUUGUUUUUUUUAUAAAUAUUUUGUAGUAUCUAACUUCCCAUAUGAUAUAUUUUUACUUUUCAAUGCAUGCUUAAGUUAGAAAAGUAUAAUCAAGCUUUAUAUAUUACUGAAUAAUUUCAAUCAUCAAUUUUGUAUUGCCCCUUUUGUUUCAGUAUAGUUGACUAAUGUUUAGACUUAGUUCAACAUUUCUGUUGUUGCUUAGUUUAAUUUCAAAACUGUCUUUAAAUUCUAGUCUUGUUUAACAGUGGUAUAUAGUUGCAUUGUAACAUUGUAUACUGUAAACCUACACUGUUAUGUAUAAUAUAUAUACAAGUGUCUUUGUUUGUAUGAUUCGAACAGAUUUGAACUGCUUUUUAAAAUAUUUGAAUAUAUUAUGUAAAUCAGAUUUUGGAUUUAUAUAUAUAUAUUUGUUAAUCACAAAAUUGUUAUGCUCUUUGAUAUAUAAUACAAUUUAUAGAUAAAA